UUCACCGCUAGCUCCCACGCAUUGCGUCGUUGCAAGUUGUUCCAGCACGUACACGCAAAGCCACACCACAUCACACAGAGAAACCCGUACCAGUCCGUCUAGCUAGAGAUGGCGUCGACGGUGGCCAGCCUCUCCACCCCGUCGUCGACCUUCGCGGCGGCCGACGUGCUCCCGAGGAAGAAGACGGCGGUCCCCGCCCGCGCGUGGUUCCCCGUGGCGGCCCGCCGCGGCGGCUUCGCGGUCGGGGCGAGCGGGCCGUCCACGCCGCCGGGCAUCUCGGACAAGGUGUCGGAGAGCAUCAAGCAGGCGGAGGAGACGUGCGCGGACGACAAGGGCAGCGGCGAGUGCGUCGCGGCGUGGGACGAGGUGGAGGAGCUCAGCGCCGCGGCGAGCCACGCGCGGGACAAGCUCAAGGACAACUCCGACCCGCUCGAGAACUACUGCAAGGAGAACCCCGAGACCGACGAGUGCCGCACCUACGACAACUGAUAUGAUCCAGCCCGCCCACGUGAUUAUGCAUGUUAAAUUUGUUAUAGAAGACACAGAUCGAUGAAGGUGGUGGUAUAUAUUUAAGGAUAAUUGGAGAGGGGAAAGUGAGAAAAGGUUUUAUAUAAACCUGGGUGCAUGGAAAAAAUUGCCUCAAACUUUUGAGUUUCUCUACCUGUUUUAUCCAUUAUACCUGUAUAUGUUGAUAUAAAUUGAUAUGAAAUCAUCAAGGUUCAUAAA